AUGUCUACAAAGCGAACGAGAGAUUCGUUGAACGGUGGUUCUGGUACACUUGUAUAUCAUUCAGAUGAUGUAGAUUCUCCAAAAAGCAAAAGAGGCACUCGGAAAGUCGACGUCAACAAGGCGGUUGGAAUUCCAACACCACCCACAAUAGAAGACUUAGAACCAGCUGCUGACACCAAAAUACUUUGUAAUUUGUACUCCGAGUCGGUUCAGGCGAAAAUCUGGGGGAUAGCUCAGAUAGCUUUGAACAAGUCUGCGCCGCCAAUCUUGUAUCCAGAAUACACAGUUCCUGGUGGAACUUCGUACGUGUACCGAGAGUUUGAUUUCUGGACUUCUGGAUUCUUUCCUGGCUCAUUGUACUUAAUACUCGAGCGCCAGCGAAAAUUCCCACAGUUCACGUCACCAUGGCCAUCUUCCAGCCUCUCUCCAACGCCACAUAUACUCCAAUGGCAAUUUGCAUGUCAGUGGUGGACUUUGAACUUGCACCAGAAUUCAAAGCUGGGAACAACGCACGAUCUUAGUUUCAUGAUAUCUCCUUGGGCACGUAAAGCAUGGGAACUUGAUCGUGACCCCAAGGCAUACGAGACGUUGAUCACGGCCGCACAGACGCUGGCAACACGGUAUAAUUCGAAAACAAAAUCUCUGCGAUCUUGGGACACAUGUGUUACGAAACGAUAUUCUUUCAUGGAUCCCUCAUUGGACUUUCUAGUUAUCAUUGAUAACAUGUUAAAUCUCGAUCUUCUCUUCUGGGCCGCGACCGAACUUCGCGAUCCUACGCUCAGAAACAUAGCCAUCUCCCACGCUAAGACUAGCCAAAAGCACCACGUCCGUUCCGACUCGUCCACACUACACGUUGUGAACUUUGACCAAGCCACUGGCGCCGUGAAAGCGAAAAUGACAAACCAAGGUUACUCGGAUGACUCCUGCUGGUCUCGCGGCCAAGCGUGGGCCAUUACUGGCUUUGCACAAACCUAUGGUUGGACACACGAACCAUCCUUCCUCACAACGGCCCGCGAAUGCGCAGACUACUUCCUCGCACAUCUCCCGGACAGCGGGAUCCCGCCUUGGGAUUUUGCGGAUCCUUCGACGACAGAGCGGCCCACGGAUACGAGUGCUGCAAUGGUUGCCUGCUUUGGGAUGUUGCUCUUACACGAAGCGUUGACCGCAAUGGGAGAACCGUCCCCGUAUUUGAAGGGGGCGCUGCAUAUGCUUACAUCGGUAUGUGAAUCGCAAAUGAGUCCUGAGGCGCAUUUCCAUAGCAAACCAGUCGAGAUAGCAUCGGUGGAGCAUGGGGUGUCUUCCAAAGCCGGUACGCUCGAAGUUGAUAUGGGUGGAGGCGCCGAGACGAUUUUGCUAGGCGCUACCAUAAACAACUACGAGUUUGCACCGCGAAGAUGGGCCGAUCAUGGGCUGGUGUAUGCGGAUUAUUACUUCUUGUUAGUGGGAAAUAAGUUGCUCGAUAUGGGUAUUGGAGGACAUUUUGUCAGACCGUGGAAAGGUGUGGAUUGA